UUUUGACAUUUCAAGGUCGGACUGCCGCACCGUAUCGUAGACAGACAUCAUUUUGCAUUCUUGUUUACAUUUUUUUUAAUUACUUAAAUAGAUCAUGGAGCAACCAAGGGAAUCAUUUGUUAAUGCAGAAACAGAUUCAGGAGAAAAUACAAGAGAACCAACAAAAUGCGUCAAAUCUGUAAUGGAUAUGGCUGUCUGGCAAAAAUCUCAAGCCUACUACGAUCUUAUUGGAUUCAUCAAUGGAAUCAGUACCGCCAUACAAGGAAAAAAACUUACCGAUGUAAUGCACAUGUCCAAAACAAUGAAACAUCUCGUUGCAAUGAUUCAGAAAUUCGAUAAAUUGCUUGACGAAACGCCGCGAUUUGAAGAACCCCAGCGCUUUGGCAACCAAGCCUAUCGUAUAUGGUUCAAAAAGAUGGAAGAGAAUGCCAGAGCAUAUUUAGUAGAAGCUCUCACUGACGAUAACUACACAUCGAUCAACGAGCUUUACGUCUACUUAAGAGAAUCCUUCGGCAAUCCAACACGUAUCGACUAUGGAACUGGUCAUGAGCUGGCCUUCAUAAUGUUCCUUUGUUGUCUCUUCAAAACCAAAUAUCUAGUCGAGGAAGAUAACGUAGCCUGUGCUCUGAAACUCUUCAAUUCAUAUUUGGUGUUUGUGAGGCGAUUACAAAAAACCUACCGCAUGGAACCGGCGGGCAGUCAAGGUGUAUGGAGCUUGGACGAUUAUCAAUUUGUACCAUUCAUUUGGGGAAGUGCACAAUUGGCAUUUCAUAGUCCGUUUGAUCCAUCGAAAUUCCUCGACCAAAACAUCAUUGAGGAUUACAAGGAUUCUUAUAUGUUCAUCAGUUGUAUCGAUUAUAUAUCCCAGGUGAAAACCGGGCACUUUGCCGAACACUCGAAUCAAUUGUGGGGCAUAUCGGCGGUUCCAUCUUGGGUAAAAAUCAAUUCUGGAUUGGUCAAGAUGUACCAAAAAGAGAUUCUAUCGAAAUUUCCUGUCAUUCAACAUGUCUACUUUGGAUCUUUGAUGGUAUUCAAGCCAGUUAAGCCGGGAACACCUUUGCCAAAUGCUCGUUUAGGUUUUAUGCCACCUCCUGCUGCACCUGUCAAGCCGACACCAGAACAAACGAAAAUAUAAAACGAAUUGUUAUCAGCUAGAUGGUCUACCGCGCUAUUUAUUGAUCGUUAUGUUCAUAUUAAUAUUUUUUUAACUCAUAACGGUUUUAUUGUAAUUUACAAAAUUCAACGCAUACGUAGUUUACAAAAAGAAAAAUGGAGAAAUUUUCUUUAA